AUGCUGGCCGAGCAGCGGGACCGGCUUCGUGUGCUCCGGGAGGCGCGAAGGACAGGGGACAGCGUCACCCUGGGGAGAUGGCAGGCGGAUCCGGCCUGCCCGGGACGUCGCCGAGCGCCACAUGAGUGUCGGAGCAGCACGGCCAGCGACGCGAGGAUGGGCGAGAGCCCGGCGCGGUGGAGAAGAGCCCCGGAGGCAGCGCAGGACUGCCGGGGGAUGGAGAGCAGCGGGCUGGUUUUAUCCCGGAGCUCCGCCGCCGAGCUGGGACUCCCGCCUUACCCCGAACCCGCCAAGAUGAGCUACGGCGUGGAGAAAGGAUGCCCCUGGAGGGGCUCCCAGGGAUGUUUGGGACCCGUCCGGGAGCUCGCCGGGGGCCGCCUGGGCUGCCCCUACCCACCGGCCCCGCCGCCGUGCCUGCGGGACGCUCCGUGCCGCGCCAAGGACGGAGCCGAGCUCCCCCCGCUGCUGCCCCCCCGGAACGGGCAGCCCAAGGCGAGCUGGGGCGAGCCCUGCAAGGAGCGCCCGGGGCCGCGCUGGGCCGAGGCCGUGCUGGCCCCGCUGGCCCUUUACAGCCACGCGUAUCAGCGCUACCCGCUGCCCGCGGCCGGGCUGGACUCUCCGCGCCCCGGAGCAGCCGGCAAGCCCCGCACAGCGGCGGGGGACACGGCCGGAGACCCCCCGGCUUUCCGCCACUGCCCGUUCAUGCUGGAGGCCAAGCACAGCCCCUUCGUGCUGUCCUCGCUGCUGCCCGGCGGAGCCCCGGCCGAGCCGCCCUUCGAGGGGCCGGGGGCGGUGGGGGACGGGCGGUUCGGCGGCCUGGACUGGAGGCUGGGCUCCUACGGACCCGCCUGGGCACAGCCGCUCUACCUGGGGGUCCCGCCGAGGUGCAAGGCGGCUCUGGCCCCCUUCCAGGACUGCUCCAGCUCGGGGGACAAGGAGUUUUACGCGAAGCAAGAAGCCGGGUUCCACCCCGCCGCCAAGAACCGCGCGGCGUCGCAGCUGCUGGGCAAGAGCCAAGCGGGGCAGGACAGAGACGGGGAGGGGGAGCCGGCGGUGCCGGAGCUGCCGGGAGCCCCGUGGAGGGACGGCCGGGCGGGGGGCAGCUCGGCGGUGCCCGCUCCCCAUCCCCGCACGCCUCCCUCCACCUCCAGCCGCCCCCUCUUCCUCCUGCAGCCCUCCUCGGGGGGCUGCGGGGGGCCCUGGGUGGGCUCACGGCCCCACGGCGCCGAUUUUCCCAUGGACGCGGGGCCGGGCCGGCCCUCGGAGCCCAAAGAUGAACGCUCGGGCUACCGGAGCGCCCAGCCCGGCUCGCCCCCGGGGUGCGGGGAGCCCAAUCCCUCGCCUCUGCCGGCGGACGGGCACUGCCCAGCGGCUCCGGCCAAGCCGGAGCGCGCCCCGGGCUGUCUGUGCCCCGCGGCGGGCUGCCAUGGGUGCCCGGGGGUGGGCUGCGGGGUGCCCAGCCCCUUCGAGCCCACCCCGGGCACGGCCGGGGGGCGUUUCCCGUGCCCCCCCAGCAACCACACCAAGCUGAAGAAGACGUGGCUGACGCGGCACUCGGAGCAGUCGCUGCCUCGCUCCAAAGCAUCCCGGCGGGAUGGGGGUCCCGAGCCCCCCGGGGAGGCCAAGCGCUCGGCCAAACGCCCCCACGGCACCGCCGAUGGGCCCCGAGCUGCGGGCGAGGGCGCCGGGGCGGCCAAGAGGGGCACCAAGGCCGCCGAGAGCCCGGGGGAUGGCACGGAGGGCGCGGGGGAGCCCGAGGAGAGGAGGAUGGAGCUGGGGGACGGAGAGCCGCCGAGCCGUGCCGGGGAGCCGUGGUGCCUGCAGAGCCUGCCCUGCACGGCGCUGCCCCCGAGCAUCCCCCGCUGCUGUGCCUGCGCCCCCCGCGCCGGGGGGGACCCCGAGGGCCGGGAGGAUGAGGAGGAGCCCCCCGAGAGCGCCUGCAGGCUGAUGCAUUUCCGCAGGUUCGCCCUGGGUGACAGCGGGGACCUGAGCGUCGAUGGCCUCUGCACGCUGCGGGAGGCGCAGGGGGAGCUGCUGGGAGCGGCCGGCGCCGAGCCGGGGGCCAGGAAUGUGGGGAGCAGGAAUGUGGGGAGCAGCCUCUGCCUGGCCAAAUACCUGCUGGGGGUCCUGGGGGACCCCUUCUGCACCGCUGUCCUCAGGGACAGGGACGCGUGGCCCGGAGCCCCCGGCGGGCCCGAGGGCUGGAGGCGGGGGGAAGGAGCGCCCCAGCUCUGUGACGCCUGCCAGCGUGGCUUCUUCAACUCCCACUGGAGCUGCGCCAGAUGUGGCUUCCAGCUGUGCCCCGAGUGCCACCGCAGCAGGCGGGAGGACGGCGAGGGUCCUGCGCCGUCACCCGAGUGCACCCCCGGGCGGGACCACCACGCGUCACCCCUGGUGCCCACGCAGUUCGUCCCCACCUGCGUCCUGACCCGGCUCUGGAAGCUCCUGCACGAGGUCAGGGUCAAGUUUGGCAUCGAGUCCCGCUGUCCCUGCGGGGAGGGGAGCCAGGCGGAGUCCCCGGGCAGGCAGGAGCCUCCCGGGGCCGCGGUGCCCCCGCUGCCACCCCGCAGCCACGGCCCAGCCGACCCCGCCCGGCCCAUCAAGGAAGAGAGCCCCGAGGAGGGGCCGCCGGCGCGGGGGGGCGCGGUGCAGACCACCACCCUCUGCGACCUCCUGGCCUCCACCGCCGUGAAGCUGUGCCUGGGGCAGGACGGGGUGCGCAUGGCCUUCGCCCCGGUGGCACCGGCGCUGCCCAGCGAUAACCGCCUGACCAGCAUCCUGGACAGCAUCAUCGCCCACGUGGUGGAGAGGAAGAUCCAGGAGAGGCAGGCGGGGGGCGAGCUGAGCCCCCCCGGCUCCCCGGACCCCGCCGCGUCCCACUGCAUCCUGGCCCCCAGCGGGCUGCUCUGGCUGCACGACCCCGGCCACGCCAGCAACUACAAACUCUUCCAGGAGCACUGGAGGCAGGGCCAGCCCGUGCUGGUUUCAGGGCUGCAGAAGAGGCUGGAGGAGCGGCUGUGGGCGCCCGAAUCCUUCCAGCCCUCGGGGGAGGAGGAGGAGGUGGAGGCGGUGAACCUGCGGGCGCCGCGGAGCCGAGUCCGGAUGAGCAGCCGGGAGUUUUGGGAUGGCUUCGCCGCCAGCACAGCACCCCCGCAGCAGGAGCGGGGCAGCGGGGACCUGCUGAAGCUGGAGAGCGGCUUUGGGGACACCGAGCUGAGCCGGGCCACCAACCUGCGCGCCAGCCUGCCCCUGCCCGAGUACUGCGGGGCCAGCGGCCGCCUCAACUUGGCCACCUACCUGCGGGGCCAGCGGGGCCGGAGCUGGCUGCGCCCGCGCGUCCGAGCGGCCUACGGCGUGCCUCCGCAGGAGAGGAACUUUGGGACCAAAAACCUGACGGUGGAAGCGGCCGACUCCAUCAGCGUGCUGGCCCACGCCUCGCCGGCACCGCGGGAGGUGCUCCUGCCGGGGGACGCCGAUGACCUGGACGCGGCGCUGCGGGAGCGGCUCGGGGGCAGCGCCCGGCCCGGGGCCCUGUGGCACAUCUUCCGUGCCGAGGAUGCGGGGCGGAUCCAGGAAUUCCUGCGGAAGGUGGGUUCGGGGCAGGAGGGGGCGGCCACGGCGGAGCCCCCCGGCCGCUACCUGGACCCCGCGCUGCGGCGGCGGCUGCGGGACGAGUGCGGGGUGAGCGGCUGGAGCCUCCUGCAGCUCCCGGGGGACGCCGUGCUGGUCCCCGCCGGGGCUCCCCACCAGGUGCGGAGCCUCAGCGGCACCGUCAGCGUGGAGCAGCAAUUCCUGUCCCCGGAGAGCGCCGUGCGCCUCCGGGACCUCGGCGUCGACCCCGCCGCCUCCCCCCGCCUGCUCCGCGCCCAGCUGGACGGGAUGAUGGUGGCCGCCGUGCGGGAGGCGCUGGGGGUCCUGCAGGGCUGCAAGUGA